AUGGACAAAGCGCUACAUGUGGUCAGAUCCAUUUGGAAAUGGAUCAAACUGAAAUUCCUAACAUUCUGGUAUUUUGUGACCGGAAGGAAUAAUCCGAACGAUGAUUUGUUCAAUCCAGAAGGUAUGGCGUACAAGUUUUAGUUCUAAAAACGAAGAGUUUAGUUGUACUAUCGAGAAAAUUUUCGAUGGAAACUACGUUUUACACUAAAAACACCGCCUUAUCAGUCGGCUCUCCGUUUUUAAUGCCUGUUUGCGUUGUUUUUAGCGCACCAAAUAUGACAAGUCUGUUUUUGUUUCAACAUUUUCUCUGAAAAGUGCGCGCCUCUCCAAUUUUCAGCGGAUUAUGGUUGGCAACGGUGUUUGCGUACCGCACUAAUUAAUUCCAGAAUACGAUAGAGCCCGCCGCGCCAAAACCAGUUUUCCGCUUAUCUUUCUCUCUCUCGAAAUGUUCGCAUUUUUUCAAUGACUCACCCCUAAUACUGAUAAAAAAUGUCCCUUUAAAAUUUAGGCCAAAACUGGCGAGAGGUUGUUCGCAAAAAAUCGAGACGAAGGCAAAUUUCGCAAUCGCUCUUUUUGUUGUUUUCUCGUUUUCGCCAAAUGAAUCAUCGCUUUCCAGAGCCAUAUUAUUUUCGCUUGAUUCGAUUCUUCAUUUUUCUUCCAUUAUAGAAAAACUUUCUAUGUUUUCAGCCAUGGCCUCAAAAAAAGCGAGCGGGACACUGCCACCACAGCAACAAGUUGUGCACAAGGUUUGUUCCGUUUCUGUGCUGAAAACAGACUAAAAACAAUUUUUUUCCAGGUAAUUAUGGUUGGAACAGGAGGUGUUGGAAAAUCGGCGCUUACUCUGCAGUUCAUGUACGAUGAGGUUCGUAUUCAGACAAAAAUGUGUAGUAUCCAGAGCCAUUCAAAAGAGCUCGAAAUUACUUUUUCUGUUGCAGUUCGUCGAAGAGUACGAGCCGACAAAGGCGGAUUCGUACCGUAAAAAGGUGGUUUUGGACGGAGAAGAGUGCUCGAUCGAUAUCCUCGAUACGGCCGGACAAGAAGAUUAUUCUGCCAUCCGGUAGGCUCGUUUUCUGAUUUCUUGUCGAAAUUUUGAGUGAAAAAUGAAAUUAAAACUAGAAAAAGUUGCGGAAGACACGUUUUAAAUCAGUUUCCCAAAUAUAACCAAAUUUUCAGCGACAACUACUACCGAAGUGGCGAAGGAUUCAUUUGUGUGUUCUCGAUUCUCGACAUGGAAUCGUUCGAGGCCACCAACGAAUUCCGGUAGGUUUUUCUGAACUUUUGAAGAAACAUUUAAAACAAUUCAUUUUUGCAGCGAACAAAUCCUUCGCGUCAAGAAUUCGGACAAUUCGGUGCCGAUUGUGCUCGUCGGAAACAAGGGAGAUAUGCGCGAGCAACGAGUCGUUCCCGCCGAACUUUGCAGGCAGCGAGCCGAACAGUGGGGAGUGCAUUACGUGGAGACGUCAGCCAAGAGACGCGAGAAUGUCGAUAAGGUUAGUGAUUUUCGGUGUCCUCGACAGUUUUAACAUUCUGAAUUUUGCAGGUCUUCUACGAUCUGAUGCGCGAAAUGAAGCGUCGAAAGGGCGGUGCGCAGACGCAGAUCGGAAUCGACGCUUCUGCGAAUGCGGGACGCAAAAAACGCUCUGGAAUCAAGAAACACUGCACAAUUCUCUAA